AUGGCGGACGACUCGCGGCCGCGCAUCCUCGACGACGAGUUCGACUUUAACGCCGGCGACCUCACCAAACAAUUCGAGCAGCUCUUGCGGACGAGAAGGCUGAAUGAACUCGAGGAACAAGCAAGAACACCACGCUCUGCAUCACCCCGGCUGGCACCUCAACCUCGACCGUCCUCGCAACAGUCGACAUCUCCAGGCCCUCAGUCUCCGACUUCUGCGCACUCCUCGCGCCCCUCUCAGCAACAGCCGCCUACCUACACGUCGUUUCGAAGUCAUCCCAUUGUUCCAUCGCCUCCACAGGAUGCCGCCUCCCUCAAAUUCCGAAAUCUCCUCCUCACCUUGUCCAUGACGCCCACCAAAUACGAAAACCCUGGCCUCCUGGACGACGCAUUGACCCACGUCCCGAUCGAUCGAAUCUACACCGAAGCCGAGGAAGAACACAACCUGAUGAAGGCUAUGGCAGCUUCCAAGGGCGACAACGUUAAGCCAGAAUGGGGCUAUCAGGACUGCGUCAUUCGAUCGCUGUUAAGGUGGUUCAAAAGGUCGUUCUUCUCCUUCGUCAAUAACCCCCCAUGCUCAAGAUGUCAUGGCGCAACUGUCGCGCAGGGACAGACUCCUCCAACACCAGAUGAGGUUGCCCGUGGAGCCACGAGAGUGGAACUAUACAGAUGCACAGCCCCUGGUUGCCAGACCUUUGAAAGAUUCCCUCGAUAUUCCGACGUCUGGACCCUGCUCGAGACCCGGAGAGGUCGGGCUGGAGAGUUCGCCAAUUGCUUCAGCAUGCUGUGUCGUGCUGCCGGCGCCAGAGUAAGGUGGGUCUGGAAUAGUGAAGACCAUGUGUGGACCGAGGUCUACAGCGAAAACCAGCGCAGAUGGAUUCAUGUUGAUCCAUGCGAGGAGAUGUGGGAUAAUCCUAGAGUCUAUACUGAAGGCUGGAAUCGAAAGAUUGCUUACUGCAUCGCAUUCUCGAGCGACGGUGCAGCCGAUGUCACACGGCGAUACGUUCGUAACCACCGUUACAGCCUGCCAAGGACCCGGUGUUCGGAGGAAGUGCUCCUAUGGAUCAUCCACGAGAUUCGCAAGAUCCGGAGGCAGAACACAGAAAAAUCUGUAAGACAGAAGCUCAUGAGGGAAGAUGAGAGAGAAGAGCGAGAGCUUCGAGGUUAUGUUGCCCAGUCUUUGGCGAGCGACAUGCUCGGCUCCCUCCCUGGUUCCGUCAAUCCCCCGCGAGGCGACGAGAUCAAGAACCCUGCCGAGAGACAAGAGGCAGCUGUGCAGUGGUCCAGUCAACAGCACACGGAUCCUUCGGGUCGUCGAUGA